CUGCCUCUUCUCCCCCUUCUCCGUCCCCCCUCCCCUCCCCCCCAAUCGCCUAGACUCGCGCGCUCGCCCCAUCUCCCAAGCGUCCUCUUUCCUCCCCCUCUUCCCUCCCGUCCCAGCGUCAUGAGCAGCCGUCCGCCCAAGAAACAGAUCGACCCGAGCACUCUUUCCCCCGAAGAGCGGGCCAUUUACGAGCGCUAUGGCCAAGUCCGCAGCAAGCCCCUCAUCAAGGGCACCCGCAAGUACUUCGACUCCGGUGAGUAUGAGAUGAACCGCUCGAAGGGCGCCAACGGCGGGGGCCGCGCCUCCAACAAGCUCGGUGGCAAUGACCUCGUCGGUGUGGGCAUCCCCGACCCGCGCAACAUCCCCCACUCGGUGCCGGAGUCGACGCCUGCCGGGGCCGACGUCGCUCCCCCUCGCGCGUCCAGCCGUCUGGCCUCCAGCGUUGUGACCGCCGGCUCGGAUGACGAGGACGACAAGGCUUCCGGCACGGGUGCCGGCCCCUCGGCCGGUGGCGUUCCGGCUGGCGUCUCUAACCAGGACUAAGGCGUGUGCAUAUAUGCCUGCACGCCGGGGCAAGGGGGGGGGGGCCUUUCAUUUCUGCCGCUCCCCUGACCGGUGUUUGGGCUGUGUGCGCUUUGGCCCCCCCCCCCCCCCCUCCCCCCUCCCAUCUGUAUGCAUGGUUGCCUCUGUGCCGCUGGUUUUGUCUGUCCUCCCUUCUGCCCGGUGGGACACCUUUGAGCCGAGCCAUUAUCGCACGGGUCCUGCGCCCUGGACAUGCCGCUGACGCGCUGUGUCCCUCUUCUUCCUUUCCCCGCCCCGGUGGCUGUCGUUGCUGCUGCUGCUGCUGCUGC